AUGGCUUCGACUGAGGAGCAGAAGGCUGCUGAUUCUGCAUACGCCAUGGACGCCAGCAAGAAAGACGACGCGACUGUCGAUGUAGCGGCUGAGAAGGAGGAACAGCUCGUGGCGGAGGAGCAGCCAGACUCGGGGGGCAUCAAUGCUGCCGACGAGGUCAAAGGGCUCAAGUUGGCGUUGAUUAUUCUGGGGUUGUGUUUCUCUAACAUCCUGACGGGCCUAGACUUCACACUGAUCGCGACGGCCAUCCCCGUCAUCACAAGUGACUUCGACUCCCUCCAGGACGUCGGCUGGUAUGGCAGCGCCUACUUCGUCGCCAUGUGCGUCGCGCUGCCGCUCGCCGGCAAAAUCUACAUGUUCUUCCCCAAGAAACUCGUCUACCUCGCCUACAUCGGCGUCUUCGAAAUCGGCAGCCUCGUCUGCGCGCUCGCGCCCAACUCAAAUGCCCUCAUCGUCGGCCGCGCCAUCAGCGGGCUGGGCGCGUCAGGUAUUUUCGCCGGCAGCUUGAUCAUUGUAGCGACCAUCGCGCCGCUGCACAAGCGGCCGCUGCUCACGGGGAUGACGAAUGGCACGUUCGGCGCGAGCCAGAUCAUAGGCCCGCUGAUUGGCGGUGCCUUCGCGCAGAACGUCACCUGGCGAUGGUGCUUUUGGAUCAAUCUGCCUGCGGGCGGCGUGUCGAUUGCGCUGAUACUACUGUUUCUGCAUCUGCAGACGAGCCCGACCGAGAUGGGGCCGUUGAAGACCAAGAUCAAGAACCUGGAUUUGCUGGGCUUUACCAUCUUUGCGGGCGCGAUUCUGAUGCUGCUGCUUGCUCUGCAGUGGGGCGGGGUCACGUAUGCGUGGUCGUCGUCUAUUGUCGUUGGACUGCUGGUUGGGUUCGUCGUCGUAUUUGCCAUCUUCGUGGCGUCGCAGUGGUGGAUGGGGGACUCGGCGCUCGUGCCGCCCAAGCUAUUCACCUUCCGGACUGUGGUGCUUGCUUUUGGAGCAUGUCUGCUAGGUCCGGGGGGUGUGGCAACCAUCAUCUACUAUCUGCCCAUCUGGUUCCAGGCGGUGCAGGGUGCCACGCCCAUUAGCAGUGGUGUGCGGUAUUUGCCCAGCGUUAUCUCAGAUGUCUUGACGUCUAUUGUUGGCGGCGGCAUCGUGAUGAAUGUCGGUUGGUACAAUCCGUUUUACAUCUUUGGCGUGGGCAUACUGGCGAUUGGUUCUGGGCUGCUGUCGACACUGACGCCGACAACUGAUGCCGGGAAAUGGAUUGGAUACCAGAUCCUCACGGGUUGCGGGUAUUCUUUCAUGGUGACGAUGCCUCAUAUCGCACUGCAAGCCAUGCUGCCGCCUGAUCUGAUACCAAUUGCGUCGACAACCCUGCUCUUCGCCAUGACAGCAAGCUGUUCCAUAUUUUUAGCAGGCGGCCAGGCCAUGUUCCAAUCAUCUCUCACGCGCAACUUGGUUCGCGUGGUCUCCCCCGAAGAAGCUGCUCGGCUGAUUGCCGUGGGAGCAGCUGACGUCCACCGCGAGGUCCAGCCCGCAGUCCGUGACGCUGUAAUCGACGUAUACAGCAAGGCCAUUACCAAUGUCUUCUACCUCGCGGCUGGGAGUGCCGCCGUGGCGUUUGUAUUGGUGUGCGGCAUCAAGUGGAAGAAUAUCAAGGCUAAGCCGAAGCCAGAGGACGAGGAAGCGAAAGCGAAAGCCGCUGCGGAGGAGGAAAAGUCUUCUAGUAUUGCGGCGUCCGGUUAG